CGGUUACAAACAUUUAUAAACUGGCGAGGAAAAACAGACGCCAGGCGACUAGCUCAUGCUGGAUUCCAUUAUCUUGGAUAUGGGGAUUCGGUGGAAUGUUUCGCAUGUGGAACUGUACUUAAGGAUUGGCAAACGACUGAUAAUCCAUGGUAUGAACAUGCCCGGCUGUACCCUAAUUGUAAUUAUAUAAAGCUGUGUAUGGGUAAAGAAAAGGUAGACGCGGUCUAUAGGACA